AUGACCAAACUUCUGGAGUGGUUGUUCGGCGUUUCGGUCGUCUUGGCCGUCUGGGCGGUGGUGGCGUUCGACCUGUUGGACUUGGAAGUGCCGCAUCCUUACCGAGAGGUGGCUUGGCCCAUGCCGCUGUACCUGCUGGUGUCCUUCGGCUGCUACUCCCUGGCCACGGUGGGCUACCGGCUGGCCACUUUUAAUGACUGCGACCAGGCUGCAGAGGAGCUUCAGAGGCAAAUAAGAGAAGCCAGAGAGGACCUGAAGAGGAAAGGAUUAAAGAUGUAGAAUAAAGCAAACUAUAUUUUUUGCCAACAUCUGGACAUGUACAUUAGUUGGAUGACAGGAGACUCUAAACGGCAAUUUCAAAUGUGUUGCUGUUACCCAUUUAUCCAUGAAAUACCACAUUGUCUCAUCCAAACGUGUGCCCUGCAGGAAACGUAUUAAAUUAUUUUUCUUGA